AACGAAAUGCUAGCUAAACUGAUUGUUAUAUUCUGCGUUGGGGUGACUCUAGCAGCCGCUGCCAUCGAAUUAAAUCCCAGUAGGCCGCUGCUGUUUGGAACUAAUCGACUUAUUCCUCGUGUGGCCACUAAUCAAGAAAACAACGGAACCGAUUCAUCCACCGUUUGGAAUGAGUUCCUAGUGCGCCAAAGUCAAACCAAUCCUCAGAAUCGGAUUUUUUUUCCUAUUCGGUAUGUUUCGAACUACCAGUACUAUCAACGCGGAGGACCGCUUUUUUUGUUCAUUGGAGGCCCAUGGGAAUUACAGCAACAUCUGGUGGAGCAGGGACACUUCGUGGACAUUGCUAAAAAUAUGAGCGCAUAUCUAGUCGCUAAUGAGUUGCGUUACUACGGGGAGAGCAUUCCGGUUGCGGAUGCUUCUCGAUCUAAUCUUCGUUAUCUGGCACUCGCUCAAAUUCUGCCUGAUAUUGCAAGCCUGAUAAACCAUCUUAAGUACGAUGUUCUUCGUGAUCCCGAGGCGAGAGUCAUUUUAGCUGGUGUAGGGUUCUCGGCUUCAAUUGCGCAGUGGGCCAGAAAGCGAUAUCAACAUCUAGUGCAAGGUGUGUGGUCUUCAAGCGGAAUGGUGGAGGCCAGUACCGAUUUCGAAGAGUUUUCUGAAGUUGUUGGAAGAAAUAUUCGUCGCUUUGGAAGUGACGAAUGCUACAACACUAUUUUUCAAGGAUUUGGUGUUGCUGAAAAUCUUAUAGAUGCUGGACUAUCAUCCACCCUGGAUAGAAUGUUCAAUGUGUGUAGUCCAAUCAAAAGUGAAGACUCAGUCGAAGUGGAAGCUUUCCUGAAUGGAAUAUUCAAUGAAAUAGCUUCACAAGCAGUGAGUGUGAAUCUUCGUGAAACCAUUGACCAAAUGUGUCAGGUAUUGACCGAUCCCGAUCAACCUAACGGACUCACGGUCUUAUCUGAGUGGUUGACUGGAAGAUUCCCGGAUGCAGACUGUCUUGUGAUGGACUUUGAAAGUAUUAUUGAAGCAUAUCAAGUGACCAAUUGGGAGGAUGAAAUGCUUCGUAAUGGAGAACGACAGUGGUUAUUUCAGAGAUGUACCGCAUUAGGUUGGCCACUAACAAGUAGGUCACCAGAUCAACCAUUCGGGCGCCGAAUCACUUCGAAUCUUUUCAUGCAGAUCUGCGAGCGUUUGUUUGAUUCCUGGCUCAGCCCUGAAGUGUUCAACUCCUUAGUACGGGAUACCAACAUGUUGCUAGGCGGAGACAGUCCAGAUGUUCAACGUGUCUAUUACACCCGUGGCACACUGGACCCGUGGCGUUUCGUUGGAGUUAGGAACGCUUAUGGCGAUUCGUAUAUCAGAACAAUUGAAAAUGUCUCUCACGGUGAAGAGUUGGAUUCAAUUUCGGAAGAUGAUUCCGACGCCCUUCGAUCAGCCAAGGAAAGUGUCGCACGGGAAAUUCGUCGAUGGAUUAAUCAGAACCCUGACCCUCAACCACCAUUUUCGGAAGUUUAAAAUUUGCAGCAAAAUAUUCAAAUUUAAAUUA